AUGGCCGCAACAGAAGAAAAGGCCAAAGCGGCAGCCGACCGCGAGGAGAAGAACAUCGAGAAUGACGGUCAAGAGACUGAGGCGGUCGAGAAGUUUCCGCCCGAGGAGGAAGCAGCCCUCUUAGCCGAAUCCAACACGAGCAAGACUGAGGCAAACUCUCUGUUUGCUUCGUCAAAGUAUGAGGCCGCCAUCACAAAGUAUGACGAGGCAGUUGCCACGUGCCCCAACUAUCUCGAUUAUGAGCUCGCCGUCCUGCGGUCCAAUAUCGCCGCCUGCCAUCUCAAGCUCGAGCAGUGGAAGGAAGCCGUCUCGACGGCUACCGCUGCCCUCGACGGUCUCGAUCGCAUCGAUAAGGAGGAAGCCCUGCGCGUCGACGAGGCAGCCAAGGCCAAGGCCGCCGAGGACGACGUGGAGGAGGAAAUUGUAUCGUCCGGCGCCGGCAACGCGGCCACGGCUCCCAUAGAGGAAGACGAAGAGGAAGCGAAACGACGGAAACGCAAGGAAGACGUGCUGCGCAUCCGGGCCAAGGCACUCAUGCGCAGAGCAAGGGCCCGCAGCGAAAAGGGGGGAUGGUCCGACCUUUCGGGGGCGGAGGAGGACUACAAGUUCCUUGCGCAGAUGAAGAACCUGGCUCCCGCCGAUGCGAAGCUUGUCAGGACGCAACUGAGGUUGCUCCCGCCGAGGACCAAGGCGGCGCAGGAGAAGGAGACGGCUGAGAUGUGGAGCAAGUUGAAAGACCUGGGGAAUGGCAUCUUGAAGCCGUUUGGAUUGAGCACUGAGAACUUCCAGAUGGUCAAGGACGAGAAGACGGGAGGAUACAGCAUGAACUUCAACCAGGGAGCAGGCAAGUAG